AUGAUUGAUUUAGUGCUUGUAAAUGUUGGAGGCGUAUUUGUGCUUUCAGGACCAUUAGCUGUCGGUAAACGGGAUGGUGACGACGCCAAAGUUGCUCUACCCGGAUUGGGAACAUUCGGAGUCGGAGAUGUGAAAAGCACCAUGGCGAAGUUUAUACCAGCCGGUAUGAGUGACGAGACCCCGAAUGGCGGGACUUAUGAUCUGGCAGACAAGCCUAACCUCGGUUACAUGGAAAGGGAGACAACAGCUGGAAAAACUAGUGGAUCGCUGAGCAAGAUGUCCUUCGGAGGUAUUGGCACAUUGCAAGUUGGAGAAGAGAAAGAACAAGGAACUGGAUUGCUGGACUUUUCGAAAACACUAUUUCCCUUUCUGCAAUUGCCACCACUCAAGAGUGAAGACGCACAGGAAGAAAGGCACACAGCAGUAGAUCCAAGACUUGGUGAACUAUACUACCCGAAACCUAAAUCAUACGUGGAUGAGGCCGAGAAACUUCUCGAAACGAACCCGCCGACGCCAGCCACACCAUUCAAGGAAAUCAAAGAAGUGAAGAGUGGGGAAGUUGACUUUCCUAGCGAGAAUCCUUUCGAUAUGAUCAAAUCUCGUCCCGGCUAUCCAGGACGAGCUCGUGUACAUGCUGUUAAGACUGCAGUAACGGAGGAUGACGAUCUUCUACCCAGCAAGGAACCAUUCGAUGACAAAUCUACUGAAGGAUUUAUCAAACAAAAAUCUAAGGAAAAGAUUACAGAGGCAGAACAAGGAACUGAGGAUUUGGUGCCAAGCGGUGGAGUACAGAAUUUCGCAGCGCACUGCUAUGCUCCAAAAGUUGAGGAGCAAUUUGUAGAUAAAUGCCGAGGCUACAACGAGGAUUGCCAGCAAUUUCAAGCUCAGGCACGACCCCUUGGUGCCGUAGCAAAUGCUUUCUCGUCUGGUGUUGGACUUACGUACUAUAAUUGGGAUGUCAAUGGCAUACCGUACUAUCCAGUAAACGAGGAAGGUUCUAUUGGAAACGGUCAUACAGGAAAGGUGGACUUCGGAUCGUGGGGUGGUGGAUAUUCUGACAACAUCGGAGUGCGAGAUUUUUGGUCACAAACGGUGGAAGGAGGUGCAAAUUGGUAUGAAGGUGUAUAUGGAUAUAAAACGGGGUGGAGCAUACCAAUAGCUCAAAGCGUCGGCGUGGAAGGUGGUGGAGGCACUCAGGUUAGCGUACCACUGAAGGAGGGUGAGCUUGGUAAACCCAUCUAUGCCACCACUGGUUAUCAUGUGGGGCCUUACUUCGGUGUAGCAGAUCGUGUAGGAGUUGACUGGUACAAUGGAGGAGUAUCGUGGAACAGGGGUGUUGCGAGUCCAUUUGUUGGCGUUGGAGUGAAUACGGGAACGUCUAUUGGAUUCCCGUCGAUCGGCUCCAUUAUGAACCGAAUGGGUGUGCAGAAUAUGGAUCACCUGGCAAAAGUGUUUGCAGCUCAAAAUCAGCACACUACGUCAGUAGGAGGCCUCGACAUCGGAACUGGAGGGUCGACGUCUUUGAGAGGCUAG